GGGGAUGAGGUUCACCGAGGAUUGAGAAACAACAGAGAUGAUUUUAUCAUCAGAGAAUACCAUCACUCAGAUGAUAUUUUCGACAAAGAACUUCCUGGCAUAGUGAAUGCCAUAUAUGGGUUGAAAUUUUCCAAGGAAAAUAUCAUGGGAACGUUAAUGUUCUCUUUGCUCAUUAUCAACCUAAUCAAACUGAGAGGAACCCAGGACGUGGGUGAGACGCUCUUGAGCCACCGCGACCUAAAAGGGUGGGUCCCACGCACAAUUUUGAGCAUAAUCAUUGGUUCAACAAUUGAGAAUAGAGCAAAGAGAAUGGACUCAUUUGAUUGA